CUUUUCCUCAACUUUUAUCGAGCGUCCGUGAACCGCCGCGCCAUUUUUAUAAUGUGCUUGUGAUUUCCACGAUACCUUGAACUGCACGCUGUAUCGUCAUUCCUAAUCCCACCAUGGGGAUCGGAUUCAGUAUGAGACGAAUCAUGAAAAAACAGACACAGGUGGUCAUGUUCAGUUCGACCGCCAUUGCUCUGUACGGGUAUGAUCAAGGCAUGAUGUCCCUCAUCAAUACCAAUUACCACUACUUGUCGACCGUGGGUGUCGCGCCUGACUCGCCUCUCGUCGGUGUCGUCGUGUCGGUAUAUUACCUCGGGUGUGCGGUCGGUGCCGUUUUGGCUUCGAAAUUCGCAGACGACAAAGGUCGGAAACCGGGCAUUUUCGCAUGCCUCGCCACGGCAAGUUUGGGAAAUCUGCUCAUGUUUGUCGCUGGCAUGGGCGACGUUGGACCUGGCGGGUCGUUGGCGACGAUGAUUCUGGGACGAAUUGUCAUGGGGCUCGGUGUAGGAGGCAUCGACGCCGUGGUCCCCGUCUAUUCAUCCGAGCUUCAAGAGGACGAUUCUCGAGGCACGGCGCUCGCGCAAGAAUUCCAAGCCAACAUCUUUGGAUUGAACAUGGCCUUCAUCAUCAACGUCUGCAUCACGCACAGCCUGGGCAAGUUCAGCGAGUGGGCGUGGCGCGUCCCCAUCAUCGUCAUGCAGAUAUACCCCGUCUUGCUCUUCGCCGGGGCAAGUCUCCUUCCCGAAACGCCACGCUGGUGCGUCCUGCAAGACGACACGGAGCGCGCGAAACGGUCCAUAGCCCGCGUCUUCGGGACGGACCAGGUCGACGAGCGGAUAUCGGAACUCACCAAGGCGCACGAACGCGAGCAGGAGGAAGGCAUGAUUUCGUACGCGGACAUGCUCCUGCCGGGACGCCCGCAGUUCCAUCCGACCGUCGUCACCGUCAUGGGGCAGAUCAACCAGGCCUUGACGGGGUACGGCGCCGUGUCGGUGUACGGCCCACAGAUCUUUGAACUGCUCGGCUUCCCCGUCGUGACGGCCGAGUACAUCACGCUGGGCAACUACGUGUUUUACUUCGUCAUGAUGACCGGGGCGUGGGUUCUGAUCGACCGCGUCGGUCGACGGAGGCUCAUGGUCCAGGGUGCCCUGUGGCUUGCCGUGUCGUUUGCCUUGCUCACCUUGCUUGGCGGGUUGGCGUACAACCGCGGGGCAUUGUCCAUCCCGCUCCUGGCCACCGGCGUACCGGGGAUCGUGGUCCUCUACCUCGCCACGUCGGUGUUUGGGAUAGGUUGGCUCGUGCCGCCGUGGCUGAUUCCGACCGAGAUAUACCCCAGCACGGCGAGGGCGCAGGGGGCGGCCAUCAGUGUCAUCGUCUGGGGCCUCGCGAACUUCGCCGUGACCCUGCUCACGCCCAUCAUGUUCAACAACCUGGAGUAUUAUUUGUUCUUGGUGUUUGCGGGGACGAACGCCUUUGCGGGUCUGUGGACGUACUUGUAUUGCCCCGAGAGUGGGAACAGGACGUUCGAAGAGAACCAGGAUUUCUUUGGAGAAGCGAAAGACGAGGGCAGUUGGAUCGUCAGCCGAGUCAAGGAUGGCGAGUACACCGUUCUACCUGGACAUGUGGAUGAGUUGGAAGAAGAGGAAGAUGUAGAGGAUGAAGCUGGUGGUGGCAGAAGAACGAAACAAAAGAGGAAGAAACUCAAGAUGAAGAGGGACGCUCAUCAGGAGACGGAACCAUUGUUGGGGAGAGCCAGUAUGGGUUGAUGAAGUGAUGAAGACCCUUUUUUAACAUUACUAUGGUUUCUGCUCGAGACACUUUUGUCCAGGGUACUAAGAGGGCCCUCGGGAGUUGAGGCGGAAGAGGCGCAUGUGACAUGCUAAAGAACAUUUGGUAAUUAUAUUGCGAGCCAUUCAAGGUACAUACAUAUGUAUAUAGUUCUGCUCGCCUAUGAUAGACGUUCGAC